UUUCGACCAAUGAAGACUUUAACUCCCAAAAACUGAAGCAAAACAAAAACGUUAAUCAAAUAAAAUGAGCAAUUGCAGGGUAUUUUUUAUCAAAGCAAUUUUGGAUUCGGGUUGGGCCUGCAGUGCUCUCUCUGAAAAUGGGACUCAAUAUGAUUUUUUCAAUACUUUCGAUAUUUUUUAUUAGCUUUCCAUCAAUUGUAGAAAGUGGGUAUUGCACAAGGUAUAUAACAGUGUCGUAUAGCGCAAGAUACUACACUAAAUGUGGAGCGUUUGGCUGGUCAAGAUGCACUAGAUGGCGUACCGCCUACAGGUCCCAGGCAGAGUUGUAUUGCUGUGCCGGUUACUAUGGCACCAAUUGCGCCUCAUUGCACAAUGGUUGGUGUGAUGAUCCAAACGGGCAGAAUGCAAAAUGUUGCAUAGGAUACGGAGGAGGUUCAUGCAGCGAUAUUAAUGAGUGUUCUAGGGACAAUGGCGGAUGUAGCCACUCGUGUACCAACACAGCGGGAUCGUUUGUUUGUGGAUGUAACCAUGGAUACCAACUAUCUUCCAAUAGAAGAAUCUGUGAGGACAUAAAUGAGUGUUCUACUGGGAAUGGCGGAUGUGAUCAAAUUUGUGUUAACACAGCCGGCUCAUACUAUUGCAAGUGUAACACUGGUUACAAUCUACACACUAAUAAAGUAACAUGUAUCGAUAUAGAUGAGUGCAGUCAAUCCAAUGGAGGUUGUAGUGGUAGCUGUACCAACACCGGUGGCUCUUACCAUUGUGGAUGUAACCCUGGAUAUGAACUACAUACCGAUCAACGGUUGUGUAUAGAUACAAACGAGUGCGCUAGUGUGAACGGAGGUUGUAGUCAUAUAUGUUCCAACACUGAUGGCUCAUUCUUCUGUGAAUGCCCGGAUGGCUUCUUCUUAGGCAGUAAUCAGAGAAUUUGCCUGGAUGUGGAUGAAUGCAGCGACAACAAUGGUGGAUGCUCUCAGAGAUGUGUUAAUGUACCAGGGUCAUACAGGUGUGAGUGUCACUCUGGAUACGUAUUGUCUGAGGAUGGCAAAAAGUGUGCAGAUAUAAACGAAUGUCUUCCCGAAGUGAAUAUUUGUUCACAUGACUGUUCCAACACGCUUGGUUCUUUUUAUUGCACGUGCAAGCCUGGGUUCAGUCUAGGAAGUGAUCAACACACUUGCUCUGAUAUUGAUGAAUGUUCAUCUGAUAAUGGGGGAUGUGAACAUGUAUGUACUAAUACCAUCGGCUCGUAUACCUGUAGCUGUAGUGCUGGGUACGAACUAAAGGACGAUAAACACAAUUGCAAAGAUAUGUGUGUUCCAACUCCAUGUUUUCAUGGCGGAAAAUGCCAAGCUUCUAGUGAUAGUGGCAGCGACAUUUAUUGUGACUGUGAAGAUACAGGAUAUGAAGGCAAGUUCUGUGAAGUUCCAUCGCUGAGCAGUCUAUCAGUACCAGGUCGUGUAAUGCCAUCAGGCUGUUACUUAAUCCAUCUGACCGGUUGUCCAUCUGGGACCAACUUGAAUGUCGAUGUUCGCCUCUCUUCAACAUCAUAUUGGCUUACUUUAAACAUGGAUCCGUCUGUUUCCUUCACUCUUGGAAUUGUAUUUGUUGAAGUGAACAAGUUAUCUUUGCCCGUAUCCUUAUCAGGGAUGAAGGUUAAGCAGGAAUCUGGCAAAUUCGAGAUGAGUAUUCUGACUCAAGGUAUUCACCCAUUUGAUGGUACUGUGAUUGACUCAACACGUGACCCGUCCUGUGACCAGGACAUGACUGUUGCUGAUAUCGCUGACUAUAUUGCAAACAAUGCAUUCUUGAAUACAUAUCUCCCGAGUGCCAGUGGCUUCUUGCCAAGUCUCGUAAGCAUGCUGCCAACUGGUACCGAGAUUUUGUCGUCUAACAAAUUACAUUCCUGGGUCACAACAGGAGAUGUUGUCAAGAGUAUCCCUGUCUGUGAUGUCGCCCCAGUGUUCCCUGAUCGACUCUACUCAGUGUUCAAGUUCAACACUGAUACGACUCUUAGUAUAUUCGGACAAAUGAUCAAUAUUGCUGUUGUUGAUGGCGAAGAUUUUUGUCUCAUCGUUGACAUAUGUAACGAUUUGGGUGGCACGAUCAUGUUAACAUUCCCGCCAUCUAUCGCCAAAUCGUUACCAGACAACCGGAAGCGGCGACAGAGCACUGAUAGUUCAGCCUGUCGGAUAUUGAAAAAGAUCCCAAUGACUGCUGAUAUACUGGGUGACUUAGAUGUAUGUGUGAGAGGUUUGGGAUUUUCUGCCACAAAUGGUUUGAACGUACACAGCUCCAAGAGUUCACUGCAGUUAUGGAAUGGGGAUAACCUAAUCAAAUACCCUAUUUUUCAAAACGCUCAUGUUUGGAUGAUGGGUGAGAUGACCUAUAAACCCGGAAAUAACCGGGCUUUUGAACUCGAGUUUUACGCAGAUGCUGAUGCUUUUCUGUCCCUACCGAAUCCACUAAAUAUGUUGACACACGUAUUCUUAGAUAGAUGGAACUUUAUGGCAAAUAUACGGGGCCGUAUGGAUAUGGUCCUAAGGUUCGACCUGUUUGGAAAGAAUCACCAACUGAAUUUUCCUAACACGGCUUUGGCGUCUCAUCUUUUAGCAGACAUUGGAGGUUUGGAUGAAAGGCGCUACUGUGGUGCAGGUGCAAAUCCCCCUGGUGUAUUUGCCUCGUUCUACCUUGAAAUAUCUCCGUUCCUUGGCAUUCCUCUCCUCGAGGACAUCAUAGUUCAUCUUGAUACUAUGGCCUACGGCUACCUUACUUACGACAAGUCGGCAGAAAUCAGUGAGAUCCCCACAUAUAGUAUCGUUAAUGACUUGAUUGAACUUGAUAAAGUAGUCCAGGAAGCUGAGCAGUUCUUACUUGAAAAUAUUGAACGAUUUAGAAACACUAUAGAGGAAUCAGUUCAUGAUGCACUGGCUGCUGUCGAGACAGCUAUUCGCCAGCUCAAGGAUAAGAUCGAUGAAAUACUAGAAGGCAUACGUGAUUUAAGUUUUGAUAAGAUUCCGGAUUUAAUCAGACCUCUCAUUGAAAUGAUCUCAAGAUUAAAAGCAGUUUGGGGUAACUUUAAAGAAGAAAUCUCAUUUAAUAUUGAGGCCUUGCAGUCUAAUUUCACGGACUUUGUUAACAGCAAUAUCUACCGAAUAGAAAAGAACAUAGACAACCUCGCCAAUCAGAUGGUGUCAGAACUCACAAACGUAAUUGGUGACAGCAACGGCUUUGGACUAAGGUUGAAAGUGGAUUAUGUGAUAUUUUCCGAUAUUUUUAGAGACAUUUUUCAUUACCCUAACGUAGAGAUUGAAAUUGUUUACUCCGACGGAAAGUUGGCGCAGUGCAGUAAAUUUGCCCAGAUGUAUAAACUUCUUGAGGGCGAAAAGGCGCUCAGAGCACUCGUUGUAAUUAGUUACCCGAUAAAGAUCUCAAAUUGGAUCCGUGUAGGUGAUUAUGGCGUUGGCCUUGAAGUGGCAUACAGUUCCUCAGAUAUCUGGAAAAGUGUCGUACAUUUUGUGGGCCAAAUCAGUUUCCUCGGAUUAAACGCCAGAUCAGACUUUUUCAUUACGAAAGAAGGUUUAACGAGUGUAACAGAAGCUCGAGUUUGGAGUUUAUUCAGAGCGAGGCUAGAGAUAGAGGCAAAGGUUCUCACCGAGUUGCACAAUCUGAGAUUUAGAGUCUCUGGAUAUCUCUUAGCAGGCGGAGAUGACUCUUUUGAAGGUAGUUUUGCUGACGCAAUCCAACAAGCCACGAACCGAGCACUUGGAUCCGCUGAAACUAGGAUCGACCAAGCCAAGGCGGCUCUACAGAAGGCCCGACAAGGAAUCACAAAAGCGCAAAACUGGCUAAAUUCCAAGAAGGCCGUAUUUGAUGACGCCAAGUCUCACUUUGACUGGGUAGUUGGGAAAUUAAGAGAUGCUGAAAAUGCCGUUGAGAGCAAGAAGCAGGGUUUUUAUGAUGCCAUGGAAAAACUCAAUAAUGCACAAAAGGUUGUAGAUCGACUGUGCCGUAUUAGAGAUUGCAAACCAAUAUGUGUACCAGGUUUAAAGUGCGGGAUAUGUUGGACAGGUGGUUGGGUAAAAGUCCCAUAUCCUUGUUGCGAUUGGACCAGUUGUAUGAUAAAGCUACCAAACCUCCCAUGUUACGCACUGAAUGGUAUCUGCUAUGCUAUUAGAGCUGCUGCCUAUCUAGCGUUAGAAGUCGCCAAAAUCUUUGUUAGAGUCGUGAUUGUUGCAUUUGACGCUGCAAAACUUGCUUUAAGGGCGGCACAAUGGGCGGUAGACAAAGCAAAGUACGUAUUGGAUGUUGCAAAGGGUGCUAUAGAUAUGGCUAAUGUACUGUUGGAAGGAGCUAAAAUCCCGUUCAGAAUUGCAGAGGGCGCUUUGGAAGCUCUCAGGUAUGCUUUACGUGCAGCGGUAUAUGUAGCUAACCUUGUGAUAGAGUAUGGCCUCAAGAGUCUGAUAGACGUAAAGCAAUGUGGAUUUACGGUUGAAAUAAACGAUGUUGAUAUCUUCAUAUUUGACAUCCACUGCGAUGUUAACUUGUUCAGACUGGGUUGGAGUCGCGUUGGAAUCAAAGUAAACUUUAAGCAUAUUCUGCAAAGUUUAAUUGACGCAGCUAUAGAGUUAGUCAAGCGUAUAUUCAGUGUUGUCGGAGGAUCAUUGGGCAUGCGCAGGAAGAGAGAAGUGACGUUUCAGCAAAUGGCCAACGUCCACAGACUUUACAGGCAUCUUCGUUCGGUUGAUGCCAAGGAAACAAUUUUCCCUGGAGAUCCAGAGUUUGGUGACUUUUCCAAGAAUGGUACAUUUGAGGAACUUGAACCAAUAUUUAACAAUCAUACCAUUAAUAUAACGACGGACAUUCCUGGUUUCGAUAACAUUGAAUCCAAUUCGACAGCUUCUGAAGCACGCAUUGCAUAUUUUCGUGCUAAAUGCAAUGAGUUCAAGCCGAUUGAUGAAUUCCUUAGAAAUAUUGCUUUGACAUUGAAUGAGGCUACAUCUGCUGCAAAAGAGAACAGAGAGAACUCAAGUACGAUAUUUGACACGAUACGAAACAUUCCGAUUGGAGAUACAGGUGAUCUACAAGGAAAAUCACUCGAUGAACUUGGCGUCAAUGUCACGGAAGCAUUUAACGAAUACAAUCUUACAGUUGACCAAAUGAACGAAAUUGUAGCGAAUCAAACAGCGAACGAAGACCCUAUUUUCAACGAUAUACGCGACACACCAAAUAUGCACAUUGAUUCAACGAUGAAGGAGUUUACAGAGGCUUUCAACAAUCCGUUUAUAACACAAUGGCGAGCAGUUGUAGAGAAUGAGACGAACGUGUACUGGCCAGAGGAUUAUUGUACUGGAUUGAAAGACUGUAUGCUUGUUACACUUGGACGUCUGUAUGAAAUGUAUGAAGGCGUAAAUGUAAUUGGUGCUUCUGUGAUCAGAGACCUCCUACCUGAUAUUGAACUAAAAUUUCUCGAGCUAUUAGACGAGGAGGCAAAUGCGACCAUCGACGAGGCGUUAGAACUCAGUGGAGACAUUCUAACUUUAUUAAAACAAGCAAAUGAUGCCAAAAUAUUCUGUGCAAAACCACCGGAGAUCAUAAAACACCCGAAAAAUACAAAUCUUCUUCAUUCAGAAAGGCUUUCCUUGGAGUGUGAGGCGAUUUCUGAUGUUCCCCUUUCGUAUCAAUGGCUACUUAACGAUGUUUUACUCCCGGGUGAGACUGGAUCUGGUCUAGUUAUAGAGGCAAUAAACAGUGAUAAUGAGGGGUCAUAUUCCUGUAUUGCUGGGAAUCACAUUGCUAACAUCACUUCUCAUGAUGCAUAUGUUAUGGUCCUGGAGCAACCAAUUCUCGUUGAAAGGCCAACAUCUGUUGUCGUUCUUGAGGGACUCCAGCCAGGAGUGACAUUCAUAUGUAAUGCUACCGGAAACCCCCUACCUGAUAUCACGUGGUUCAAAACUGACGUAUCAUCCGGUGAUUUCAAGAUUCUGCACAGUGGAACCGUCUUUUUAAUUUCAAAUCCAGAGAUCUCUGAUUCAGGAACUUAUUGGUGUCGUGUCAAUAACACGGCCGGUUCUGUUGAAUCUGAAAAAUUCACCAUUGAGGUCAGGAAAACCGAAGUAUCUGCCCCGGCUGCAUUCUUCUCCAUAGAAUACUCAAAUGUAACAACCCCAAAUCAAACAAACAUGUCUGUGCCUGUUACCAUGUUUAACUCCUCCAAAACAUUCAACGAAAAUAUAUUAAUUGCUCUUGAAAAAUUGGUUACUGCGACAUCUGUGACCGCUGAUGAUCUUACAGUAACACGACUAUCACCUAAAGUGGGCCAGUUGAGGGGAGUUAUCAUUGGACAAGUUGCUACUGAUGACGAUUCUAAAUCACCCGAAGAGAAACAUACCGAUCUAAAACAGACAAUCACUAAUGCAUUGCUAGAUAUAGCUAGUGCGUCUUCAAAGGGGACUAUUCUGUUGGUGAUAGAUGAUAGAUUGGCGGUGGUUUUGAACGCGCAAACUUUCUCAUCAAGACGAUUAGCUUCUAGAUGUUCUGAUGGGUAUGAGCAAAGUGAAGUCCCGUAUUUGUGUGCAAUUUGCUUACCGGGGAGUUUUCUUGACGACUUCAGUAAGGAAUGCAAACGUUGCUCUAGAAACUCAUACCAAAUGCACGCUGGGAAAUCAUUUUGCAAUCAGUGUGAUUCUGGCUUCAUAACUGUAAAAGAUGGCGCCUUGUCACCAGAGGACUGCAUAGACGACGAUGAAUGCACCAAAGAUAAUGGCGGGUGUGGCCAAGAAUGCAGCAAUACAGUUGGUUCCUACAUAUGCAGUUGUGGAUCUGGCUUCAGAUUAACCAACGAUAAACAUACAUGUACAAAUCUAUUCGAGGGAGGUGUGUGUUUGCCUGGUGACAUGUUCAUGUACCCAAGUGACUGCUCUAAAUAUCUAUUCUGUAAUCACAACCAGUUUAUUCUAAUGCCAUGUGGACCUGGGACCCGCUUUAACAAUGCACUGAAAGUUUGUGACCAUGAGUACAACGUACCAUGUCCAAGCGAGGAAGAUCCCACAUUAGCACCGACGGACAACAAGGGAUCGACAACGCUGCCACAAGAAGGAACCCCAGGCAUUGAUGAUGAUAAAGUGAAGGUUGUCAGAGCAGGGGAUCCUUGCGAAGCUGAUGAUGAUAUGUACAGAGAUCCCGCCGAUUGCUCUCGAUAUUUGUUAUGCUUCCAUGGAACAUACAUAUCCAUGCCAUGUGGCGUUGGAACUCGGUUUAAUAAUGAUCUCCAAUCGUGCGAUCUUGCUGCGAACGUCCCAUGCCCUUGAGGAAUGAAACAUUCUCAAGAUUUGACAUUAAGUACGAAUAUAGCAUUCUCAUUCUAAUCAUUUAUGGUUGUUUAGAGAGUGUCUAUAUAUGUCAGUAUGAUAUUAUUGAAAUACUGUAGUUUUUGACUAUACAGGUUUCAUGUAGGCUUUUAUAAACGUCCCUAUUGUAGCUAGGGGACAAUGAGUGUGUGAACACCGUAACUCACGCUUGAGCUGCACGCACGGUACCAUUCAUUAUAAAAGAAAUUAGCAAAUUAGAAACAUGGACGUUCAUUUUGCAUAACACUUUGAAGCAUUUAAGAAAAAUGGGUUUUGUUUUAAUAUGUACACAAUGAUAUUCGUUUCACUACAACAUUUAUUCUAGAAGAUAUAGUACAGGUCAAAACUAGACAUGACAUAUACUUUCCAGAUCCACAAUGUGACAGAGAAUUUAUAUUCAAAUGUUAAUCUAGAAUAAAGAUCGAUACGUGUAUAAAUACAUAAGUAUUAAAUAAGUCAGUAACGGAUAUGUAAAUUAUAUAAUAGUACAAAGGACAAAUAAACUUGAAAAAUAUUAAUAUAGUUCGUAGGUCCGUAUCCUAAUAUAGUCCAUAUACAGCGCCGUUAACGUUAAAUCUCUCGCUACAAUCUAUUGCUUUAGCUUACAAUUUUGUUUAUUACAAACGUCCGCAUUUGUUAGUUUCUUGUAUGACAAAAUAGUAUGAUAAGACAAUAAAGUAAUAUUUUAUAGAUAUCCUAUGAACUAUUUUAGUUGUUCUUUUU